GGAAAAGACCAGAAGGUGUCCCCUUAACGAUGCAUCAACAAGUCAAUCCACAAGGCCAUCAUCCAAGUCAAGACUACGAAUUGAAGGACACGAAUCCCCAGCUUGGGGAGCGGUGGCCUACUAGGGGAGGAGGAUACGGUGGAAAGGGGUGGAUGAGUGGAGGAGAGAGGUUCACAACCACCUACAAUCUCGUCGAACAGAUGUUCUACCUUUAUAUUCGAGUUGUGAAGGCUAAAGAUCUUCCUCUUAGCUCCAUCACCAGUAGCUGCGAUCCUUACGCAGAAGUGAAGCUUGGGAACUAUAAAGGAAGGACAAAGCAUUUCGAGAAGAAGAUGAACCCAGAGUGGAACCAAGUGUUUGCAUUUUCAAAAGACCGAGUUCAAUCUUCGGUCUUGGAAGUUUUUGUAAAGGAUAAAGAGAUGGUGGGAAGAGAUGACUAUAUCGGGAGGGUGGUUUUCGACUUGAAUGAGGUUCCGACUCGUGUCCCACCUGACAGUCCUCUGGCUCCUCAGUGGUACAAAUUGGAGGAACGGCACGGGGGAGGGAAGGUGAAGGGGGAAAUCAUGCUCGCCGUUUGGAUGGGAACACAAGCAGAUGAAGCUUUUUCAGACGCUUGGCACGCAGAUGCUGCCUUUGUUCAAGGAGAGGGCGUCUCUAGCAUUCGCUCCAAGGUUUACAUUUCGCCGAAGCUUUGGUACCUCCGAGUGAAUGUUAUCGAAGCUCAAGAUGUUGUUCCAAUCGACAAAAGCCGCAUGCCUGAAGUUUUUGUGAAAGCACAAGUGGGGAACCAGGUGCUAAAAACUAAGAUAUGCCCUACUCCUACCAUGAACCCCCUUUGGAAUGAAGAUUUGGUUUUUGUGGCCGCGGAGCCUUUUGAGGAGCAACUGGUCCUUACGGUUGAAGACCGAGUACACCCUUCAAAAGACGAUGUCUUGGGGAGGAUAAGUUUACCUCUUCACAUUUUUGAGAAGCGACUUGACCACCGGCCGGUUCAUUCUAGCUGGUUCAACCUAGAGAGGUUCGGAUUUGGUGUUUUGGAAGCUGACAGGAGGAAAGAGUUCAAACUCUCAAGUAGGAUACACAUAAGAGCGUGCCUCGAAGGUGGAUAUCAUGUACUAGAUGAGUCAACUAUGUACAUAAGCGACCAGCGCCCAACGACGCAACAACUCUGGAAGCAGUCUGUUGGAUUAUUGGAAGUUGGGAUAUUAGGCGCGCAAGGGCUUCUGCCUAUGAAGAUGAAGGACGGGCGAGGGAGCACGGACGCUUAUGUCGUUGCCAAGUAUGGGCAGAAAUGGGUUCGGACCAGAACGAUUCUCAACGCCUUUGGUCCUAAAUGGAACGAGCAGUACACGUGGGAAGUCUACGACCCUUGCACUGUCAUCACUCUGGGAGUUUUCGACAACUGCCACUUGGGAAUAUUCGAGAAGAAACCUGGCGCCAGCACCACCCGAGAUUCACGGAUUGGAAAGGUACGAAUUCGAUUGUCCACCCUUGAAGCUAAUCGGAUUUAUACCCACUCUUACCCACUUCUUGUUCUGCAUCCGUCCGGGGUACGGAAAAUGGGUGAGCUCCAACUAGCGAUUCGCUUUACUAGCCUAUCACUAGCUCACAUGAUAUACAUAUAUGGCCACCCCUUGCUUCCGAAAAUGCAUUAUUUACAUCCUUUCACUGUCAACCAAGUUGAAAACUUGAGGUAUCAAGCCAUGAAUAUAGUGGCAGUGAGGCUUGGCCGAGCUGAACCGCCGUUGAGGAAAGAGGUGGUGGAGUACAUGUUGGAUGUGGAUUCCCACAUGUGGAGCAUGAGAAGAAGCAAAGCCAAUUUCUUCCGUGUAAUGUCGCUAAUUUCGGUUGUGAUUUCAAUGAGCAGAUGGCUUGGGGAUGUUUGUCACUGGAAAAAUCCUGUCACCACAGUUUUAGUCCACAUUCUCUUUCUGAUACUAAUCUGGUAUCCUGAGCUAAUACUCCCCACUCUCUUCCUCUACAUGUUCGUCAUUGGACUUUGGAACUAUAGGUUCCGACCUAGGCACCCGCCUCACAUGGACACUAAACUUUCAUGGGCGGAAGCAAUGCACCCGGAUGAGCUCGAUGAAGAGUUUGACACGUUUCCCAGUUCUAGGCCAAGCGAUGCUGUACGGAUGAGGUAUGAUAGGCUGAGAAGUGUGGCUGGGAGAAUUCAAUCCGCAGUGGGUGACUUAGCUACACAAGGGGAGAGAUUUGAAUCGCUUUUGAGUUGGAGAGAUCCAAGAGCAACCAGCCUAUUCAUAGCUUUCUGUUUUUGUGCAGCAGUUGUUCUAUACGUGACUCCAUUCAAAGUGGCUGCUCUAGUCACCGGAUUACACAUGCUUAGACAUCCUAGGUUUAGAAGCAAGUUACCGUCGGUUCCCGUCAAUUUCUUCAAGAGAUUGCCUGCUCGAACCGACAGCUUGCUCUGAACUCUAAUUAUUAUUUUUACGUAAUAUCGUGUCUUCUGAUCCUUUCUGAUACUUGACAGUGUGCGUUUGAAUAAAUUGCAUUUAGAAUUUUUUUUUCUAAUAAUGUAGCUUUUAUCUGAGAGAGAUUAUGGUUUGUUGCCCGACUACAUAAACGACUGUAAGAUCCUUUUUACUAAUGUGGACGUUCACAACAUUGAUUUAGUUU